GCGCGUGCACGCAUUCUCACCGCCGUGACCGAAAGACGAACGGCGAGCAGCGCGAAACAGCCGCGGAGGAAUGAUGGACAACACCGACACGAGCUCAACACAGAUGGAUGGGGUGGUGAAGUUGGAUUCUAUGAUGGAGCAGCUUCAGCGUCAGCAGCAUGCGCGUCUGGAAAUCCAGCACAAGGAGCGUCUGUUGCGAGAAGCUCACAUCAUGUACGCGCAGCAGGUCGCAGCGCAGCAGGCCAUACUGGCAGCCGCCCGGGCGUCUGGAGCCGGCUUCAUGAGCGCGGGCACUUCAGGACCCCUGGGACCCCCGCUUCAGUCUCAGGUCUCCAAUCAGAGCAGCGUGGACUCGGAGCGCGAGGAUGAACGGGGCAGAGACUCGGCUGAGGAUGAGAUGAUGGAUGGUGAAGAAGACAGUGAGGAAGAUGAGCUGCCACCCGGAGCGCUGGACUUUCUCAGGAAUCAGGCUCAUGUGCUACAGCGAGGGGCCGGGGGUGCGUUUGGAAACUUUGCUGAUGCCAGAGCCGCCCAGAGAGCGCCGUCACCCCCUGUCAGGGUGAAAGAAGAGCCCGAGGACGAGGUGUCACACGCAGAGCGCCCGGACACGUCCUCUCCAAACGGCCGCUCGGACUGGAGCUAUGAGCAACAUUUUAAAGUGAAUGGUGAUGUGUCCUGGUCAGAUGAUGUAGAAAACAUUCGAGGGAGAGCUGAAUCCUCCAGAGAUUUUGCAAAGUUAUACGAGUUAGACAGUGAUCCCCAGAGAAAAGAGUUUCUGGAUGAUCUCUUCACCUUCAUGCAGAAGAGAGGGACUCCAGUGAACAGAAUUCCCAUCAUGGCGAAGCAGGUGCUGGAUCUCUACAUGCUUUAUAAACUGGUGACUGAGAAGGGAGGACUGGUGGAGGUUAUAAACAAGAAGAUCUGGAGAGAGAUCACUAAGGGUCUCAACCUGCCCACCUCCAUCACCAGCGCUGCAUUCACACUCCGAACACAAUACAUGAAGUAUCUUUACCCAUUUGAGUGUGAGCGGAAAGCUCUGAGUUCUCCCACCGAGCUUCAGACGGCCAUCGACAGUAACCGGCGUGAGGGCCGUCGACCCAGCUACAGUAACAGCCUGUUCCGCUUUAGCCCCUCCCCCAGCUCCGCCCAUCACAUCCUCUCCCCACCCACAAUGCAUCUGUCAGCUCUGAGUAUGGGGGCUGCGGGGAACUCAAAUGGCCUCCAGACGUCUCCGGGGUCGACACUGAAGAAAGGACUCGAGGACGCUGUUCCCUCUCUGUUGGCCGGGCGAUCGUCCCUGUCUAUGGCUCUGGGUCAGCAGCAUUCGGGUCUGGCGCGAGCCGCCAUGCUGGAGCAGCUCAGAGAGAAACUGGAGACGGAAGCACCCGAGAGAAAGAUGCUACGACUGGCCGAGGAGCAGCAGAGGCGUCUGCAUCAAGCCCUUCAGCAAAACCUGCUCGCUAUGACAUCACACAUACCCAUGAACCUGCGUCUGCCAGCUCCGCCCCACGUGGAUGAGAAGCGUGAUCUGUCCAUCAGCAUUUCUUCUUCUGGAGCUGCUGGCAUCAGCAUGUCUGUGGAGGUCAACGGCAUCAUUUACUCAGGAACUCUAUUUGCACAGAAGUCAGCAGCCGCGGGUGUGAAUGUGUCUCUUGGUGCUACAGCGCCGCCUUCUGGACCCACUGGGCUGUUUUCCUUCCCUAUCCCCGCCCCCGGCCAAAGCCCCGCUUCCUCCUCUAAUGGGCGGAGCACCAGUGGCUCCCCAUAACCCAUCUGAUUCAGCGACCGCCCACUACCUCACUUCUCCUGUCAGCUGUGACUCUCCAACACAUUAAGAACACACCUGUGAUGUAAAAAGUGCACUAACACACAGACGCACACUGAUGUGAAAACUCAACGAAACACACACUGAACAGAUGAUUUCCAUCACCAGAAUGAUUUUCAUGCGUCUGUUGUGUUUGUGUGUCAGACUGAAUGUGUUCAAUGCUCAAUACAAUCACGACAUUCAGCCAAACGCUGACUUAAAGAUUUUUAUUCAGAUAAAGUUUGUGUGUGUGUUUUGCAAUUUAUUGUCUUUUAUAUAUACCUCAACAUUUCAACUGAAUCUCACCUCAUGAUUUUUUGACUUUUAGUUUUUUUUAAAUGGUCAGAUUUGAUUUGAUUCAGGAAGACGGGAUGCGGUCACUUACUGUUCCAUGCAUUCAGGUCUCUGUCAACCUGCUGACAGUGAGAUCACACUCACUGAGGCGCCAUCCUUCAGAAAUCACACAAAGUUUUAUAAACGUUUUUGUAAUAAUAUCAGUCGCUGUGUGUCUCAGAAGUUAGACCCACGUUCGGUGCGUCUCAUAAAAACAUUUCAUCUCAAACUCAACUUCACAGGGAAAUUAUAUUUCAGCAGAUUCUCUACAGUAUAAAUCACAAAGCAAUAUUUGAUCAUCUCAGUUAUGAGAAUGUGUAAAGAUCUGUAAAAAUUGUGGUAAAUGAGUUUCAUUUCCAUGCGCGAAAUGUAAUUUCUCUCUCAUUUUGUCGUGUAAUGUGAAUGUUGUGAUGAGAUUCAUCCAUCACAAGCGAAGCAGAAUGUGAUGUGUUUUAUAUCACAUGAUUUUUACCGGCUCUUAUGAUCUUAUUCUUUGUUUGUUUUAUAUGACGUAUGGCCAGUAAAUUCUGAUGAAUGCUUCUGUCAGGUCCUGAUGUUUUGUUUCUUGCUCUUCAUAUGUGAAGCAUCUCUCUCUCGCGUUCAUGAGAGAAUCAGUUCAUCAAUGUGAUGAUUUGCAUUUGUACAAUCAGAUGUUUUAACCCUCUCAACCAAACUGAACCUGCCUUGUGUUUUUAUACGGCUAGUUUUCCAAAGAUCAUCACAGACGCUCCGUUAAACUGGUGUUGAUUUCAGACAUUGAUGUUCAGGUGGACGGAGGGUUUGUGACUUCACAGGAAUUAUCACUGAUGAUGUCAUCAGUCAUGUGACCAAGCAAUGAUGACUGUAUGCCUUUCAGAAACUUCACGUCUAUAAACGGCACAUGUGUUUGUCUGCUGCCGUCUGUGAGAAUGUGAAGUGUUGUGUAGUGUUCUCGUCUUAUUUUGCCCCGAGUACAAAUAUCUAAAGACACGUGUACUUGAGAACUACAUUUACAUUUGUGUUACAUUUAUUCAUUUGGCAGAUACUUUUAUCCACAACACGCUAAACAGUACAAAGUGACAUAUUUACAAAUAAAAUUAUAUGUUUUACCUCUUGAACUUAUCAAAAUGAAUAAAGCUUGUACUUAAAACAACAAACCUUUUAUAUAAUGCUUCAUAAAAACAUUUAUUUAAAAACACACUAGAAUAAACUUUAAAGCAUUGAUUUUGUCAUUUUGCUUCUCAGCUUGAUGUGACUUAAUUUAAAAAAGGAAAAAAAUACUGAAAAGAGACUUUUUGCUGACCAGUAUGCUAGAAAAAACUUUUGACAGGUCAUCUCUCUCUCUCUCUCUCUCUCGCUUUUCCCAUGAGAUUUUCUCGUGUGGUUUAUAUCACUGAACUGAAACUCAUGUUCAGCAUUAGUAAUGAGAAUGGGUAAAGUAAUGUUGUUAUUAUGUUUAAAUCAGCUUUAUUUUCUUUAUGCAGAUGCCUUAAUCUUCUUUUGACUUUAAGGUGAAAAUGUGCGUCUGUCUACGAGAGUCCAGAUGUUUAGUUUUAAAUGAUUAUCAUGAUUGUCUGUGUCUGUGUGAAAUCUGAUGUUGAUGUGAAAGCGAUCAGUUGUGUUUUUGUUGUUGUUGUUAUGUGUGUUUCACUCAGGAAGUCUCUUCAGAUUAUUCUUCAUUACCUCAUUUCACUUCAGUUUUGUUAUUUUCAGUUUUUGUUUGUUAAGAGAUGUACAGUUCAUCACUGAAUACAUGUCCAGUGGGCUUGUGCAUAUUUUUGUACGGUUAUAAUGUUACGAUGACCACAAUAUUACUGAUGUUGUAAAAACAAUGGUGUGAUGUGAAUGUGACACAUGGAGUUUUGUUGGCGGCUCUCAGGGUUUUAAACAUGUACGGGAAGAUAAAGUUGUAUCUCUUAAUCUGUGAGCUUGACUCUGUGUUUAAUUUUCUUAUUGUGCUUUUAAACCUUUAUAGAUGAGAAUUCAAUCUGACAUGUUUACUGUCAUGUUGUUUCAAACGUAUGUGACUAAACCGAAGAAGAUGACUCAUUUGUUAUAUGAAUGAUUUAUGUUUUGAACAGAAGCAGUCAUAGUGUGCGGGUUUGGAUCGACAUGAUGGUGGA